GCCUAUUCAAGAGGGCUAUUAUGGAGAGCGGGUCUGUUAUGUACAACAGAGAGCGUCCGGCGCUGAGCACUGUUGAGGGCCUUCAAAAGGCCAAACAAUUGGCCCGACGUUUAAAUUGCGACGAAUAUGACUACAAAUGGUUAGACUGUUUGCGUGCAAUCGACGACCCGAACCUGUUUAUAGAGACGCCCGAAAACGGGAACAUUAUUAUUAUGACACACGCCGUGUUUGGCACAGAAUUCUUACCAUUAUUACCUCAAAAAGCAUUUGAAACAGGGUUAUAUAAUAGUGACAUUGAACUAAUAGCCGGUGCGACCAAAGACGAGGGUCCAUCGCUGGCCGACAUAUUAAUCCCGGAAAUACGGUCUGAACUAACAGUGGAACUGUUUGUGAAAGCGGUCCGCGAUUUGAGCCGUGAAUACCAUAACAUAGAUGUGGAGGAAGUGUGCAAUCAUUACCUCAAAGGUAUUGACAAAACUAAUUCAUCGCAACUGAAGGCAGCGUUGAGUGCAUUAUAUGGCGAUUUAGUGAUGACUUGUCCCACAUAUCUGUUCGCCAAGAGUUACGCCAAAUACGGACAAAAUGUCGAAGAGUACGGUUGCGAUGAGGGGUAUGUCUGUCACGGGGCAGAUAUGGUCUUUGUCUACGGCUUUACGAUUAGAAAUCAACACUUGUUUACUGAAAAUGAUUACGACUUUAGUAUAGAUAUAAUGAAGAUUUGGACCGAUUUUGCAAAGACUGGUAAACCACAUAAUGUUUGGCCACAAUUGGUGGACAAGUCUGUGAUUCGUGUGAAAGACUUGAAUCCCAACGAUAUGUCACUUAUUCUCGACAAUCCAUACGAGAGUACAUGUGAUGGCAUUUGGAAACAUUACUUC